AUGAGUUCACUCGAGAGGAAAUUGAAGACUCUGACGCCCGAAGAGAAGGUAUACUUGAUUCGGACUGGCGAAGAAGUCACUGAGGCAUCCAUCAUUGCCGACAUCAAAGAUCGCUCACAAGAGAGCGAGCCCGGGGAUGAGAGUGAUGGAGAGCAGGAGGCAACGUACCUUGCUCUACCGCCGUCUUUGAGCGAUGCCAAUGAUGCACUAGCGAUUGACUACCCCGUGAACUCUCGAGAGUUGGCUGAGUGGUUUGCUGUUAGCAAGAGCACUAUUCAUGAGGUGCUCACGCAAGACCUGCAACUGCGCAAUGAGGCAUCAGUUUGGGUACCUCGCCAACUGACCGAGGACAACAAAGCGGUUCGUAUCAAUGGCGUCACGCACAUCUGGGGCAUUUUUUCCCGCGAAGGCAUGGAGGCCUCUGCAGAAAGCCUCUGGAGAAAACUCAACGAGGCCAAAGGCCUCCUUCAUCUGACAGGCAGCAGCCGCAAUACCAAGUUUGAACCGCGUGAACGUGUAGAAGCGAAAGUUCUCAGGGCUUGUAGCAUAUCUGAAUCGGUGAAAACAGUCCGCGUUGCACUGGGCUCAGAGCAGUCUUUUGAGGUAACUCCAAUCUUGCAUGAUAGUAUUCCAUCCAAACAGCACACUGUCCAUUCUCAGGGCAAGCCUGCCAGUACUCCCGACGCACCACCCCCACCUGCCCCUCCUCAUCCCAAUGAUGAGGGACCGGUGGAAACUACAAUCAACUAUAACGUAAAGCGCCCAAAGGAAAUGGACACAGAAGCUUGUGAGAACCUAAUGAAGGAAAUUCGAGAGAGAGGUGGGGCAGCCAAAGCCAAUCUGAGGCCUCCAAAGGGAAGGGUGUACCGCCACGAGGCGCACCAGUGCGCCUCACUGAAUGGGAAAAUCAAUAGAGCAGCAUUGCCGUGA